CAGAAUGUCUGACAGUAAGAUUGAAAUUGAUCCUUUCAGUGAAACAGCUCUGGAAUUUCAAAGUUGCGAAGGAGUUACAGAAACAACCAUAGAAUCAAAUUCAAAGGAAGAAUUACAAAAUGUAACAAUUGAAAUAACAUAUGCAGAACCUUUAACUGCAGAACAAAUACGAUGGUUUUAUAAAGAUGGUGUAGAUAAAAGAUGGGUAGAAUUCUGUGGAUAUGAUAGUUUAAGAAUUGAAAAUGCUUGGCAUAAUUAUCAAAAUUUACUUAGUAAAAGUAAUGAUGUAACUAACAAUCCACCUCCUAUUGGAAAAAUUGUAGUUAGGGGAGGAAUGUAUGAUGUAGAAUUAGAUAAGAUGAAAUGUGUUUCUAUUUAUUGUCCAGGUGAAGAAUGGGAAAUAAUGAGAGGAACUUGGUAUUAUGAUGGCAGUUGGUUACCUUUAGAAUCAGAGCAAUCUAAAGUUAUAGAAGAAGUUCAUCUUAAUCUUUUUCAAAAGCAAUUUUCUGGUCAAUCCACUUCAACUUGUGAUACACCUUCUCACUCUUAUAAAAUAUUACACACUGAACAUUUUCCAGAAUUUCAUGUUGAUUGGCAUAGUAUAAAUGAUGUAGUAUUAUACAGUGAAUAUAGACAUAGUAAAUUAAUGCGUAGUGUUACAUCAAAACUGGGUUUUGCAAAAACAACAGGCUAUCAGUUAAGAAGAGGAUAUAAGGAUGCUGCUGUAAUGGAGGAUAAACCUCACGAUAUUGAUCAUAUAAUAUUUGUAGUUCAUGGAAUUGGUCAAAAAAGAGAUACUGGAAAAAUUAUUCGUAACACAACAUUGUUUAGAGAUUGUGUAGAUUGGUUGAAACAAAAAUAUUUUCCUAAUUCCAAUUAUAGAGUAGAAUUUUUUCCGGUUGAAUGGCGAUCAUCAUUAAAACUUGAUGGAGGUAUAGUAGAAGCUAUCACACCUUUUAGCGUAGUAAGCAUACGGGACUUGUUAAAUACAUCAGCAAUGGAUAUUCUCUACUAUACAAGUCCUCUUUAUGGAGGGGAAGUAAGAGCUGGGUUACAAAAAGAGUUAAAUAGAUUGUAUUUUAUGUUUGCUAGUCGUCAUCCUGGUUGGAAAGGAAAAGUUUCAAUUCUAGCACAUUCUUUGGGAUGUGUAAUUGUUUAUGACAUUGUCACAGGCUGGAUGGGUCCAGAUACAAGACCUCCAUCUCCAGAAACACAAGAAGUUUUAAAACAACGAUUACAAUUUCCAAUUGAAAAUUUAUUUUGUUUGGGUUCUCCAUUAUCAGUAUUUCUUGCAUUACGUACUCCUCCAUCCAACAGAACAGAUGUGAUGCCUGAAGGUUUAUGCAAAAGAUUUUACAAUAUAUUUCACUGGUCUGAUCCUGUAGCUUAUAGAAUGGAGCCACUUCUAGAGAGAGGAUACAGCAAAAUUGAACCUGUUCUUAUUCCUCGAUACGGAGGAGUUGAUGGACAACAAACAGAACAGUCACCUCCAACAAUGAGUAAUGCUGACCAAAAUUUUUCUCCUACAGAUAAUGAUGAAAGAGAAGAAAAUUCGGUAGAUAUAUCUAAUCGCACACCAGACAAAGGUUGGAGUCUUUGGGGCUUAGUUAGAGCUGGUUGGAAUGUUAAAGAAGGUGUUUCUACACCUAUUCAACCAGGUCAAGAAUUAGCACAACGAUUGGAUUAUGUACUUCGAGCAAGUUUAGGAAGAAAUUAUUUAUAUACAUUAGCAGCGCAUACAACAUAUUGGAGUAACUAUGAUGUAGCUUAUUUUGUGCUAACAAGACUUUUUCCAACACUAGAAACAUGA